AAAGAGGAGGACAGAAAAACAUUUCACUGUUCAUGUGUAGUUUAUUGUAAUGCUUCUUAAGACUUUUGUGAAUGGGGGCCUAGAAAAUGUAUAGGUUUACUAGCUUGUCAGGUUGUAGAUCUAACAUAAAAUGGUCAAGAGCCAGAAUCUGGCAACCCUAUACAGGCAUCUUCUGCGUGCGUUUGCUCCAAAAUCCCUCUUCGUCCGAGCCGGCACAGAUGGUCCCCUAUCCGUCUAUGAUGUCAAACAGUUUCAGCUGUUGCAGAAGAAAUAGCCCCGGAUAAAAAAAGUUUCGAACGUGAAUACGAGAAGGCAGUGGGAUAAGGAACCUCCCAGACUUCGGUCCGAGCAAGGCAUCAUGUAGGGGAGGGGAAAAAGAGACAGAUUAAACCGCAAACAUUUUGAUUGUUCGUGAACUUUUUUUACUUCUCUGACACACAGGCUACACACAUGUAAAAACGACAAUAACAUAUUUGUAUUAUUUUAUUUUUGCUAAUCUACCAACUAGCCUAUAGUGCGUUCAGAUCAUAAAAUGAGAGCUGAUUGACGAUAGGCUACGUUACAGUAAAAUACUGGCAGCACUCAUCCGAGCAUUUGCGCAAAAUGACCAGUGUUUUCAGAAGUGGACUGUUUUAAGAUGGUCCAAUGGACCAGUUUCUGAAGAUAAUCACCAGGCACGGCGGCCAAGCAUCUCUAAAAAUAAAAAAAUAAUAAAAAGUAGCAUAAUUGGUACGUAGCCCACUUUGCGACUUAGCUAGUUAACUAGCUAAAAGGAACAACUUUAUAAGUUUUAUAAAGGUUUUAUAAUUCAUCGCUGGAGACCAGCUACGUUGCCACCUAGUCAAGCCUGAUUGAGUACCAGGCGUGUUGCGAUGGCGGUCACCUCCCAGUAACCCCGCUUUUUGCGCGACCCGCCGUCUCUCCCAAAAUGAGUGACCCCUCUCAGCCGCCUCUGGAGGGGACGCCCCCUGGCGUGGCCGAGGUGGACACGUGCCGGCUGGCGAUGGACAGGAAGUACGACGUCGUCCCCGCGCUCAUCUGCUCCACCUGCUGCUUGUUCGGAAUCGUCUAUUGCUUCUUUGGGUACCGCUGCUUCAAGGCGGUGAUGUUCCUGUCGGGGCUGAUGUUCGGCUCGGUGGUCAUCUUCCUGCUCUGCUACAAGGAGCGCAUCCUGGACGUGCCGCUGAGCGUGGAGGCCAGUGCGGGCAUCGGGGUGGGCAUCGGGGCACUGUGCGGCCUGGUCACCAUGCUGGUGCGCAGCGUGGGCCUCUUCCUGACUGGCCUGCAGCUGGGCCUGCUGCUCGCCAUCGCCGCCCUGCUGGCCGCCAGCCCGUACUACAGCCCGGGCACGGUGUGGGUGCCGCUGGGCGCGCUGCUGGGCGCGGGCACCGUGUGCGCCGUCCUGGCGCUGCACUGGCAGCGCCUCUUCACCGUGCUCUCCACCGCCGCCUUCGGGGCGGCCGUCCUGACGGCGUGUGCCGACUACUUCGUGGAGACGCUGGCGCUGGGGGCGCACCUGUACGACCGGCUGCGGAUGACACCCACGGCGCCGCUCUGCUGGUACGGCUGGGUCAUCGCGGGCGUCUGGCCGGUGCUCGGCCUGAUGGGCGUCUUCAUACAGUGGAAGCUGACGGGGGAGGGGUACUCCCACACAGAGGUCAUUGUGAGCCGGCGGCAGAAGCGGGUGCAGCUGAUGAGGAUCCGCCAGAGGGACGCUAAGAAGCGGCAGCAAGCCGGCGGCCAGGAGGGAGUGUACCGCCGCAAGCCGACGCCCAUCAAGCGCUACGCGGGAGACGUGCUGGCGCCGAGUUACCUGCAAAGUCUGAGAGAUCGGCAGAUGGGCACAGGCACCUCUCUGAGCAGCCUGGGCACCGCCAACCACACCCUGAUCGACUUUGACUUUGAGACAGGCUCCACCGUGCCUCUCACGGCCACCACCCCCGUCAUCAGGGUCUGAAAGGGGAAUUUUGCUUUACUCACCAAACCCCCCCCCUGCCCAAAACUUCCGGAAACUCCUCUCAUUUCAUCCCUAGCUACGCUUAAGAACACAGGAAUACACAAUGACUAGAACAGGUCAUUCAGCCCACCUUAACGGCUCAUCAUUAUCACCUACAGGCUACACGGUAGCCAACCAAGCCUGGACUUGCAGACACCUGCAGGGUCUUUGACCCGAAUACGUUCCUCACACCGAGCCAUCCUAUAGCCCCCCAGCUCAGCCAAUCGGGACAGACCCACAGCGUGUGAUCACCCCCCCUCACCCUGGGGCAACGGGAAGACGCUGAGCUCAUUCCGAGGGGCCGAAGGGCUGGUGCGUUUCGAAGGAGGGGGGAGAAUUCCAAAAAUGCGGUGCUCUAGGAAGAGACACGGACACACGCACAAAUGCCGCUUCCUGUUUGAGUCUGAUGUUUAAGGCGUGUAAAGUUAAACAUCCUGCACCUACACUAAGAGGGCAGAGGUGUAAAUGCUUCCUGUGUGUGAUCUGCUCUGCACGUGGGUAGUGAGGACCCAGAAAAUCAUUUUCGAAUCUGCCCUUCAUCUCAGCCCUGAUCCACUCCCUAGAUCCCUGAUCUGUGGAAUGCGUUUG